AAUUAAAAGGCGUAAAUGGAGAAAAUUGAAAAUUGCGAAGAAUUCUGCUAUGAUUUGAUUUAAUUUAUUUAAGUUGUUUUUUAUCAUGUACGAUAUUUAUUGAAGGAACUUAUCAAACAUGGAUAUAACAAAUGGCACUGUGGUUGUAUCGGGUAAUGACAAUCCGCUUGAAUCGAGUGAACGGCAAUCAAAAAGUCCUUUAAGUUUAAAUGUCAACACAAAUGCGAAAAAUCCUAAACAGGAUAUCCACAAAACUGUUCCAAAUCACGAUUUGGAAAUAGACGAUGACCCGCUAAUUGAUGUGUCCGAUACUGAAGAUUUGGUCCAGGAAACCUCAAGUAAGAAAAGCUCAAAAGCUGCAGAGAAUUGUGCACAUAAAUCAGCAAAUAAAUCUGAACAAUUGCAAUCAAGACCAGCGCGUAGUAGUUCCAUGGCCAGUGGUACAUUUGAUGCAGAGCAAGCAAGUAAUGAUGAACUCCACCUUCUGCAGGCCCAGGUGUUUAUUGAAGAUGCAGCCAUGUAUCGGUCUGUGGACCACAAGGUUGAUCGCAGGUCACUGGUGCUGUACCGCUUCUACCAUUCCAAACUGUUCUCACUAUUGAAGAUAGGCGUGAUCACCCUGCUGCACAUUCUCGCCUUCUUUGAGUUCCCGUCUUCCCUGACAUGGACUUCCGACAUUAGGACCCGAGGGGAACGGGCGGCUUUACCCUGUGGUGUCACGGAAACCAUUGAAAUCCUCUGUCUUGUGUUCCUGGUGUGCGAUGUCAUUCUGAAGUACCGGAUAUAUGGCGCCUAUUACUUGAAGGUGAAUCGUUGGUUGCUGGUGGAACUUGUGGUCCUGGUGAUAUCCUUCAUUGAUUGGAGCGUAUCUGUGGGCAUCGGAUGUGGAGAGGUUGUUAGAGUAAGAAGAAUGCUUCGUCCAAUCUUCAUCAUCCAGAAUUCGUCCCUCAUGAAGAAAAUUCUUAACUCUCUUCGGAAAACUGUUCCACAGAUACUUGGUGUGCUUCUACUGAUGGGCCUGCACUUGUACAUUUUCACGUUAUUUGGCAUGCUGCUGUUCCCAAAGCCAAACAAGGACUACACACACCCCGUCAACACCACCAGUACGACAGGAGAUACUGAGGCUGCCUACUUCCGCACUCUGAUUGACUCCUUUAUCGUUCUUCUGGUUCUACUGACAACUGCCAACAACCCUGAUGUUAUGAUGCCGGCAUAUUCAAAAAACAGACUGACAGCGAUUUUCUUCAUAGUAUUUGUGAUAAUUGGUCUCUAUUGUUUCAUGAACAUGCUGACUGCCAUUAUCUACAACCAAUUUAGAGGCUACUUUCUGAGGUCCAUGCAGAGCAGCCUGAUGAGGUGUAGGAUGGGACAGCGUGCUGCCUUUGAGGCUCUCAAACAGAAGAGUGUGACCUUGCAGAGCAUUCAGAGUAGCGUGUCAGAGUCAGAACAGCAGCGUAGUGAAAAGGUGCUAGUUCGAGAUUUGAAGUUGGUGAUUACCAAUGCCAAACUGGGUCAGGAUAUGAAGGUGCUAUUAAUGGAGACAAUUGCAGCUGGUUUCAACCCUGAGCAGCUGCUGACCUGGAACAACUUCCUGUCCGUGCUACGCAUGAUGGAGAUGGACAAGAACAAAAAAGAGAAACCUGAGAUCAAUUGGAUUCAAGGUCGGCCCUGGUUGCUACGGAUACAGAAGAUAGUGUGUCACAGAUACUUCAGCUACUUUGGCAACUUCAUCGCUCUCGUCAAUGUCAUUCUAAUAUCUUUUGAACUGGCCACAGAGUAUGACAGGGCCUUGACAUCCAGUAAAUCAGCUCUCAGAAUAAUCAACUUUUUGUUUAUCAUCUACUACGUGAUAGAGCAAAGUCUGAUGGUUGUGUGUUUGGGAUUUAGACGCUACCUUUACGACUGGACCAACAUCUAUGAUGGAAUCAUUGUCACUAUUCUUUUGAUCAGUGAGAUUGUCACAGUGUCAAUCUAUGGCUUCCCAUUCUUCAGUGAAUCAGAGGCUCAUGACAACACCAUACUGUGGAACACUGUGCGACUGAUCAACAUCUUGAUUAUGUUUCGAGUUCUCAGGGUCAUCUGGCAUAUUAAGGCAAUGGCUAUAGUGGCUCACACUCUUCUAGACCUUGUGAAAAACCUGAGGUCAUUUGGAGGAAUCCUGGUUGUGAUCUACUAUUUUUUUGCCAUGCUGGGAAUGGAGUUGUUUCAAGGCAAGAUUACAUACGCUCCUGUCAACAACACCGGUGGCAACUCCUCGAUAUUGAGUAACCCAACCAUGGAGUGUGGUAGCUAUGAACAACUCAACUACUGGGCAAACAACUUUGAUGACUUCGCUGCCUCGAUUGUUGUUCUAUGGGACAUCAUGGUUCUUAACAACUGGCAAGUGUUCAUGUAUGCAUAUGGAAAAUACACGACCAAAUGGUCCUAUUUAUACUUUAUUGUUUGGUGGCUGUCCUGUGUGAUAUUGAUACUAAAUCUCUUCACUGCAUUAAUAUUGGAGAAUUUCAUCAUGAAGUGGGAUCGUUUCUAUGACGCCACUCACCAGCGUCGGUCCCGACAGGACACUAGCAGACAGUCCGUGAACAACAACUUCCACAUGAAUACACUAACAGUGCAUGAUAUAUUCAGACCAAACCUAAAGGAGCCGUCAGAAGCUGAGAUCAUGGAGACACUUUCCAGGCUGAGGUUUUUCCCCUGUGAGCAGAACUUGAGUGUGUGAUAGACAACGACACUUGAACGUCAGAUUGUCAAUACUUGUACUGUGUAUACAAGUCUGCAAAAUGUUUGCAUUUAUACAGCAGUCAGAAAUUUAUUAUGUGUGUGGUUAACAUGUUCCACAGAAUAACAAUUUUAAUAAUUGAAUGAUGAAAUGAUUUAAGUGAAGAACUUCAGACUGCCAAUGUGAAUUGAAUAUAUAUCUGAAAAACAAUUACAGCUGUUAUUAUGAGUAGAAUAAAUAACUUGACACACAAUUCCAGGCCUCUUGAACAGAAUGAUGAAGCAAGUUUAAACAUGAAUCUCAUUUGUUGUGUAAUUGUGAUGACUCCGCAUUAUUAGGUUAUGGUUUGCAAUAUGUCGCUACUUGGAACAUUUUUAGCUCAACUAUUAUAUAUGAAAUAUAUAUAGUGGAGCUAUCCUACUCACCCCGGCGUCGGCGUUAGCGUUAGUGUUAGCGUUAGCGUGCAAAUUUUAAAGUUUGCGUACCAUAUAUUUUGCAUACUUCUUUACCAACAUGACCCCAAUCUAUAAACAAGAGCAGAAAACUGUAUCAAGCAUUUUGACAGAAUUAUUGCCCCUUUUAUACUUAGAAUAUGCAUAUUAUUGAUAAAUCUAUGUUAAAGUUUGCGUACCACCUCAAAUAUUUUCUAUGUCCUUUGACAUAUUGCUUUCAUAUUUUGCAUACCUCUUUACCAACAUGAUCCCAAUCUAAAAACAAGAGCAGACAACUGUAUCAAGCAUUUUGACAGAAUUAUUUUCACUUUUAUACUUAGAUAAUUGAACAUUUUGCUUAAAUUGCCAAAACUUCUUUAUUUAUUAUCACAUUUGAUUCAUACUUUGACGAAACAACACUUACCUGACAUACCACAAUGCACUCGACCCAAACCAUCCCCCAUGCCCAACCCCAGAAUCCCCCCCCCCCAAAAAAAUAUUUUUUUUCCCUUAUUUUUGAAAGAGCAUCUAUUAAAUGACCACACACCCACAUUAUACCCCCCCCACCCCUCUCCAUGAUGGCUUACGUUAUAUUGUCAAGCACUCGAAUAGUCACGCGCUGUCCUCUGACAGCUCUUGUUUUGUUUAUUGUAGUAACCGCUGUCAUUUUGAACAUUUAUGUAUGUAUGCAAUUAAACUGCCUGUUCUUCCAUAUUUAGGUUGUAUAAAACAUCUUUUUUUUAUUUUAAAUUUAUUGUUAAACUUAAAAAAAUCUGUUGAUUUUAUGUGAAGUAACAAAGUUGUCUUGUGAAAGUCAUGAAUAAUGACAAAAUAUUGACUGCUUGUAUGUACAACAUUGCCCCUAUGCAAAGGUGUGUAUUGAACAAAGCAAUACUUUUUUGUGGGCUAAUUUAUAUGCUUGCACAUAUUUUUAUGACAGAAUAAGACUAAUGUCUUCCCAUAAGUAUCAUCAUGGUUUUGAUCCUCACUAUGUUAUAGUGAAUUAUUAACUGUCUAGGCAGAUUGUUCUCAAUACUGUUUGUUUUAUCAUAGGGCAUAUAAGUUGUUCUUGUUUUUUAUUUAGUUUAUGUUUGUUUGUCAAAUGUUUUUUGCAAAUGUAUGUUAUAUUUUUCCUCAAACAGUGAUAAGCUGAUAUUAGCUUGUUUAUAUUUUGAUUAAUAUUUUGUCGCUUUUUUGCAUGAAAUCUAUCACUUAUCAAAUUAAAACCUUAAUGAAUGUUUUUAGCUUACAUUUAUUGUAAAUUUUUUGAAAGCACCCCAUGCCAAAUGUUACAAGUGUAGAGCAUUUUAGGUAACUGUUUAUGUCCAUUUAUUGUUAUGCAAUGCCCUAUUGUUCAUAUAUAUUAUAUAAUAUAUGUUAUGUUUUGUUAUGGUACUGAUACUUUCCAUUUGUCGUCAUUGACUACAAUCAGAAUGGAAAGCAUGUUUUAUGAAUGCAAAAUCAAGGGAUUAUAAGACCAAUGGAUUUUUUUAAAGUGCGAAAACAUUCCAUUGUGGCUGUUUUUGCCAACUUGCAAUUGUUUUUUAUGUACCUCAUUAAUUGUUAAUUAUACUAAAUUGCUGGAGAAUUGAGUUUCAAUUAUUUUUUUACGAAAGGAAUUUUUUUUUAUCACAAUAGAAAUAUUUUUGUAACUUGCCUCAUACUAUCAGUUAAUUUUAAUAAAUCAGCUGACAUGCGACGUUAUUUCAAUAGAUAAAUAAAUAAAUAUAUAUGUGUAUAGAUCAAUAAAGUACUGAGAAUUACUUUCCAUAAUGCAUAACUGUAAAUUUGAAUAUCUUAUGUUAAAAGUAAUUAUCUAUGCCCCUAUUAUACCAACCCAAUGUAUUAGCGAAUAUUCUAUACCAUACCACUUUAUGAAUGCCAGCUGAUGUUUAGCAUUUGUCCUAACUCUAAUGAUUUAAUCAAAAACCGUUAUCCUUUCCACUUAAUGUUCAGCUUUUGUUCUGCUAAUUUCAUAACUCUUACCAAUACAUGAUAACCACCUAAUUGUAUGAGAAUGUCCGAACCCUUGCCACUUUAUAUACACCAGCAUAAGUUUUACAAAUGUCCCAAUCCUUGCCUUAACCAACGAAUAGUACCCGUUACUGUGCUAUCUCUAACCACACUGUAGCGCCUAUUGCCGAGACCCUAACCAUUGCAUAAUACAUGCUGAUUUUUUGCAUAUGUCAAAAGUCUAACCUUCCCGUUAUUCAUACUCUGGUUUUUAGAUUGUCCGAAUCCUAACACUUAAUAAUACUGGCUCAUGUUUUGCUUAUGCCCUUACCAUAACCUUUAGCACAUUUUACCUGAUCCAGUUAUGCGAAUAUUGUCGCCAUCAACCUAAACAAGCCACAGCAUUGGCUCCUGGUAUGCCCAUUGUUUUCAUACGCUUAUAGUUACCACAUAGUAAUAUUAUUAUCUGAAAUGGGAAUAUUCUUACAUGGAACUUAAACAUAUUGACCUAUGAAAUGUGAAAAUUCUAUCACUGAAAUUAACCUUCAACCUGAAUCUACUGUUUUACCGGCUCCAUUAAUAUUUUUUUCCUUCAAUUUAAACAAACUGUAUAAUCGACUUCCGGUAUGAUUAUGUCCUUACACUAACACGUAGCCACUCUGUGUGUGGGGGUAUUUUGAAGUUUAUGAGGUCAUUCUGAGCCUGAGGGUGCUUUAUGUAUGGACUCUGAAUGUGUUCUAGCACUCCUACUUAAUUAGUUUACUACACUCACGAAAUUUGGGACGAACUUUGAAUAUAGCUGCAAUUUCCAGCUUUUAAGUCGAUACUGAAGAAUAAUCAAUUUUGAGUUUGUUUUGUGUUAUUUGACUUGAGACGCAGAGGAAACCACACCUGGCAUACUCUAAUUCUAACCACAUCAAAGUACCAGCUUCUGGUAUACUAAUCUCACAAAACCUAGCAAAAAUCAUUGCAGUAUUAGCUCUUGUUUCGAAUGAUCUUGCUCUAACCCUACUUAACUUGUAUAUACGGUAAUUUAUAUAUGGUCAUAGUUGUUGAUAGUUGUUAUUAUAGUAUGCUAAAGAUAACAGAAUAAACUUUAAGUUAUGAAGUAAGAGUCUGGUUAUUUUAUUUUUUUGUAAAAUGUUAUAUACGGUUAUUUAUAUACGGUAAAAAAUGUUGAUUAUUUUAUCAAGUUAUGCCAUUAAAACAGAAUAAAUUUUCAGGAGUGAA